CGCACGCGCGGAGCGGAUGGCGCCGAGGCCGCCGGCGGCCAGUUCCAGACUUUCAGAAUUUUCAUUCAGAAAGGGUAUGGGGAGGCAUUUCUAAGGCCACAUCUCCACUAGGAGUGACUUGCAGGUAUACUGUGUGUUGUGCUUUUAGCAGUAUGGAUUUCUUCAUCCCUAUCUUGUUCUCUGAUCACAAGACUUGCUUCAUUCAGAGAAUGAAACAGACUGUUAUAACAAAACCACAGCUUUGCAGGUUUCAACUGUGUUUGUUGUGUGGGCUUCAUCCAGCAUGGCUGACUUAUUUGCAAUCCAGCUCCUAGAAUAGCUGUUUGGAAGACAGAUGUAACCUGGGCAACUUUAAUUCUUGGGAAUAAAUUGUUUAUGAGUAGCUUUUAGCUUGUUUUGCCUUUGUAGGAAGAAAAGUGGCUCUAAUAUUUUAGUUGUCUAUUUACAUUUCAUUCUUUGAGUCAUUUGAGCUACCCUGAAAGUCUCCAAUUAAUUUACUGGCAGUGUAGAAAGAAAUAAGUGAUUAUUCCACUUCACUCAGAAGAGCCUUGAUUUAGUUGCAGAUGACUGCUGUACACUAUAUAUCUGCUAUUUGGUCUUGGUUAACCAUCGUGCUGAACUUCAGAGCCAUCCAGUAGAGCUGGGCAUUGCAUUUUUGCCAGUUCAGGAAAUUACAUUCAUCUACAGGGAUGUGGUUUGGUGGGCAUGGUGCUGAUGGGAGGGUGGUUGGACUUGAUGGGGACUGGAUGGUCUUAGUGGUCUUUUCCAACCUUAAUGAUUCUAUGAUUCUAUUUACUAACAUUUGUGGCUAUAGAAGUUGUGGGUUAUUGCCUCAUCUGUCGGAAUUUUUAGCAAAGUUAGAAAUAUGUACUGUGCUCCCAAAAUGAAUGUACCAUGCACCAGUGAUUUUACGUAUGGAAUGAUUCUACUUCAGGUAAUACAGUAAGAUUGGCAGACCUGUGCUCUGUACUUGACUUGCCAAGCUACUGAAGGAAAGAGCUGAACAAGAUAUGGUCAUCUGCCCUUCCGCCAAAUCCAUGUCUGUAGUACUUCUGAAUCCUCUUGGAUUUAUCUACUGGCAGUGUUCACAGCAAUGGCGUGUUUUAAAAGAGUAAUUGCAUUCAACAAGAACAACAAAAAAACUGUACUGUACUUCUGCUUCAAUUAAUUUCUUUAUUUCUGUCUUAGAUUUUUCAACAUGUUUUAACCUACUCUGAAGGACUCAACAGCCACGUCUACUGUGGUAUCAUUCCCUUGUAGUUGGUACAGGGAACUGAAAGAUUGGAUUGUGGGAACUUCCUUGAAACUUAAGAAAUUAGCCUGAGGCAGGUGGAAGGCUUGAGUCCCAAAAGUUCUGCAAAGUAAUGUGAUGCAAAGAAUUGUGGCCUGUCUUUUCUGUUCUCUAAUGUGUUAUUAAAUAUGAAUAGUUCAGAGUGUUUUGUAGGGAAUAAGCAGUGGUUUCACUGGCAAGUGUUUGCUAACCUAAAUCUGUGAUAAAAAGCAAAUGUGUAGCUGGAAAUUUAAUAGAAUUCCACAGAUUGCUUAACAGAUGCCUCAAAACUUUGAUAAGAUUUGUGCAAGGACAUGCAUAGCUGCUUUUGACUUAUACUGUUGGAUCUUUUGUUAGAUCCAGAGGAAGUCUCUGUUUUGUUUUUUAAUGGUUUUUAUAGUUCCUCAAUGGAAGAGGUGUUGAAGACAGCCACCAGCACUGGGGAAGCAUGGAGACAAAAUAGUCACGUAUUGACACCCUCAAAAAAAUACUGAGCACACGGAUGGAAAUGAAGAGCUUGAACCAUCACUUCAGCAUGGCAGCAGCUGAAUCUGACAAGGACUCCGGAUACUCAGAUGGCAGUUCAGAGUGCCUAAGUGCUAUGGAGCAUACUGACUCUGAGGAUGUCCUGAAUGCGCUGUGUUGGAAUGCAGAGGAUGGGCCUUGGCCUUGCCCUGUGACCACAAGCAGCUCCUUUCCUGCACUUUCUCCUAUGGUUGUAAUGAAAAAUGUUCUAGUAAAGCAGGGGAGUUCAUCCCAGCUCCAGUCUUGGACUGUCCAGCCAUCCUUUGAAGUGAUUCCAGCUCAGCCACAGCUGGUAUUUCUUCACCCAUCAAUCCCACCUCCCAUUAACCCUCACCCUGUCGGGAAAAAGAGAAACGAUCCCACUAACUACCUGCCCAUCCUGAACUCUUAUCCCAAAAUAGCACCACAGCCCUGUAAAAGAGAUCACUCCUUCGAUCUAGAGGAACAUCAGGAAACCAGUUGCCAUAAACGACUCUGCACAGAAGCAUCUAAAAUGGAGACUUCUCCUAUAUCAAGGAGCACAGGUUUGUCUACUACUAGUCCUUUUGCCCAUCUGCCAGUUAGCUUUAAGGCUCCUCAAGAUUCUAACCAGCAAAGUUCUUCAAGUUUGAUGACAACUGGAAAAGUGUCAAAUCUUCCUGGUUUACAUCGCGUUUCUGCUGACACUCCAAAAGUUCCAGGUUUGGCUUCUCUUUUGCCUUUUGGAACUCUACAGACAGCAAAGUGCACUCCUCAUGAGAAUGAGAGUGCAUCACAAACUACAAUGCAGUCUGCAGUGUGGAGCCUGCCACUGAUACCAGAAGAGACUUGCACUACCCCCGAGCUGCUUUUGCAACAGCAAAGUAAGUGCAGACGCUUUCAGAAUACACUCGUUGUGCUACGCAGGUCAGGAUUGCUAGAGAUCACUUUAAAAACCAAGGAGCUCAUUCAUCAGAACCAGGUGACUCAAGCUGAGCUGGACAGGCUGAAGCACCAAACACAACUUUUCAUAGAGGCAAUAAAGAACAAUGCUCCACAGUCAUGGGCAGAGCUAGAAGCAUCGCUAACAGGUUCAGAUAAAGCUAAUAGCAACCUUGAAGACUCCACUUAUCCAAACAUGUAGUAAAAUGGUACAUAGAUGUUAAGUUAUUCCUGUGCCUCCUAUUUCCUGUCUCAAGCUUUUACUUGAACAUUCUGAGUCCAAGAUGUGCAAGGUAGCAUGCCAUUCACAGCUUGUCUUUACAGCCAUCCGUGGGACUGGGACUGGGACAGCACAGUGGGAUCUUGGCAAGAUGACUACUCACUACUCCAGUAUGACCUUGAACUCCUUGCUAACUCUAUACUGUCUUGGACUUCAGAAGCUUGGAUGUGCUCUGCUGGCAUGCUCCCAUUCUUGCUGUGAGAAGACAGUCAUUUGCAGAAUUCUGCAAGCAAGUCUUUUCCUAUUCCCAUCUUCAGAUUGUGAGUUCUGAGAGUGGCAUGGCAAAACAGUCCCCAGUAUUGGGCUGUCAUCAGUUGCAGGAAGGGAGUUGGUGUGAGGAGAAGAUCAGUUUGGUGGGGUGCUAUCAGACUGUUGCUGACUGUCGACAGAGAGUCUUGCUUUCGGGGUUACAAUUGUUUUGAAUUAGUGAAGAUCUGCUUGUGGUGAAGCAACAUUCUGUAUUUACUGCAAUCUUUGACCAAAGUGACAAGAGUCUUAGGAGCCCGCUGACUUGAUUUUGUUGAGUAUAUGUUGGAUUUUGGUCUGUAAGGAUGAAUGAAGGAGAAUUGCAAGGCUUGCACUGGAAGUGUUUGUUUCAAAGCUGUAUUUAUUUGCACUUCCCGUUAGUGACUAAAAAGUGUACGGAGCAAAAGGCUUUAGAUUUUCUUGGUAGAAUGCAGAGGCAUUUUUAAACAUUGUGCAAGAAAGACACUUGUUCACCAGAGUUAAUUUGGCAAGACUAGUUAAAUGUUAUUUUAUCCAUAUAUCUUUCGUUUAUAAGGCUAAACUCUUUUUUUUUUUUUUUUUUUUUUUUUUUUUUGCUGUGAAAUUGCUCCCAGUCUUGUUCAGCAUCUGCAUCAGUGACCUUGAUGAUGAGGGGAUAGUGUCCACGCUCAGCAAGUUUGCUGAUGAUAUGAAGCUGGGAGGAAGCA